AUGAGGAGCUCCAAUAAUUCUUUGGAGUUCUUACCUACAGUGUUUGUUCUGGCUGGCAUCCCAGGACUGGAGGCAGAGCACAUCUGGAUAUCCAUCCCCUUCUGCCUGGUCUACACGAUCAUCUUCCUUGGGAAUGGCACCAUUCUUCAUGUCAUCAGAACAGAUGCUGCCCUACACCAGCCUAUGUACCUCUUUCUUGCCUUGCUAGCACUGGCUGAGGUUGGUGUUUCUGUAUCCACUCUGCCUACAGUACUAGGCAUCUUUCUUUUUGGCAACACUGAGAUUACUUUUGAUGCAUGCCUUCUCCAGAUGGUCUCCAUUCACUCUUUCUCCAUUAUGGAAUCAGGUGUGUUGCUGGCAAUGUCUGUGGACCGAUUUGUGGCCAUCUAUAGUCCCCUGCGCUAUACAGCCAUCCUAACUCUGCCCCGCAUCUUUAGCACGGGAGUUAUCAUCGGGCUGAAAAGCAUUAUACUCAUGGCUCCAUUGCCCAUGCUCUUAAGGCGCUUGCCCUUCUGUGGCCAUAAUGUGCUCUCCCACUCCUACUGCCUCCACCCUAACCUUAUCCAUCUGCCUUGUGGAGACAUAACUAUCAAUAAUAUCUAUGGGCUUUUCAUCGUCACUUCCACUUUUGGGUUAGAUUCUCUGCUCAUUGUGGUCUCCUAUGGGCUCAUACUCCACACAGUAUUGAGUAUCACCACUGGAGAGGGACGAAGGAAGGCACUCAACACAUGUGGCUCACAUGUCUGUGCUGUGCUCGCUUACUAUGUGCCUAUGAUUGGCCUGUCUAUGGUGCACCGUUUUGCACAUCAUGUGUCCCCUUUACUGCACGUUAUGAUGGCCAAUGCCUACCUCUUCUUUCCACCUGUUGUCAACCCCAUUGUCUACAGCAUUAAGACCAAGGAGAUCCGCCAUGGCAUUGUCCGAAUGUUCUCACAGAAGAGAGACAGAGUUUAG